AUGGUGGAUGCAGUGGAAGCGCUCACAACAAGCGCCAUUCUUUUGCAGCAAAAACAUGAGCCGGAGGAGGAGCAGCAGCACAUUGUACGUGAGACGUUCCAGUUGGUCUCAAAGCGAGAUGACAAUGUGUGCAACUUCCUCGAAGGUGGCUCGCUUAUCGGUGGAUCCGAUUACAAACUAAUCUAUCGUCACUACGCCACUUUGUAUUUUGUGUUCUGCGUAGACUCAUCGGAAAGUGAGCUCGGAAUUCUCGACCUCAUACAGGUUUUCGUUGAGACAUUGGAUCGAUGCUUCGAAAACGUCUGUGAACUGGAUUUAAUCUUCCAUGCUAAUAAGGUUCACUUUCUAACGCUGUAUCAUUUCUUCACGUUCGUUAACCAGGGAAUAGUUUCAAGGGAAUCUGCUAUGGUUAUACCAUUCUCUUAA